AUGUCCCUGCGCAAGCUGGUGCAGAGGGAACGCAUGCUUGCAGUGCCACGCCUGGAAAAGCUCCUCCCCUUCAAAGCGGACCUUGUGGAGCUUCUUACGCGCCUGCCCCUGCACCUCAUGGCCUGCAUCCUGGCACAGGAGCCCCGAGAGAAUGGUGAUUGGGUGAGGUCUGUCACAACGUACCGGCUCACACCCGUCAGCUGGCAUGGUCAUGUGGUGAAGGGCCUGCGGCUGCUGAUAGCGUUGUGCGCUCUGUCAGGAGCGCUGUCGCCUUUGGCCGGACUUGUGGCGGGUGCAGACUUCCAACAGAGGCUCCUGGAUGUAGUAGUGCUUGUGCUGCUGAGCGCAGCAGGGCCAGAUGUGGCAGACAACCUUGCAUCAGCAGCGGACUUCAGCAGAACAGAGGAAGCCUUGGAUCGUGCAGCCACUGUGCCAACAGCCCUACGCGCUCUCACCAUUGGUCUCCUUCCUGCCAGCGUAACCAUCCACAUGCAGCAGAGGCAUUGGCACAGUCUCUGCAACAACCUGUUGGUGCAUCCGCGCUCAGUGAUCUUCAUUGACGCUGUCUUCGACGCCGUCCGAACCAUCUAUCGCAUGGUCAGAGUGGCAAUGGAGAAGGGCAGCAAUGAUCUUCCUGGCCUGGCGUUCCAGGCAGGUCUGUCAAUGGAAUGGCUGACAGAACUGUGUUGCACACCCCUGUUCUACCACAGGGUAGCGCAGCAUGACCCCAGCCUGGCAGGUCCACUGCGGCUCGUGGCAGCCGGGCUUGAUCUGCACCGUCCGCCCUUCACGGUGCCCCCCUAUGCUGCAAGCCCCGAUGGCAACCCCAACUGGCUCGAGCAGGCACACUCCACAGCUGAUGGUGAAGGGACCAUAGAGCUCCUGGUGGCCAGGAGCCUGGCUUUGAUGACCUCGCUGACAGAGUAUGAAAAGGCCUCAUUCCUGGACCAGACCAUCGCCCACGAUGACACCCGAGAGCUGGCCAUUGAGGUGGCUGCACAGGCGAGCCAGCUGGCAGGGCUGGUGAUGCAGCGGCCCCUGAGCAGGCGGUGGCCUGUACGGUCGCCUGGUGAGGGGCAGCUGGCGGUGAACGUGCUGCAGGUGCUGGAGGUGCUGGCAGACGACAGCAACUUCCGCCGCAUGGCUAUGCGCUGCGUCGCCGGCCCUGCCGCCGCCAUGCUCACCAUGCCACCCGCUGACUUCGAGUCCGCCUGGUGCGCAGGCGAGGAGGCGAGGACGCUGCACCGCUCGGACUUCAGCAUCGACGGGCGCGCCAUCAUGGUGGGGCCCAUGGCGCCACAGCACAUCAAGCGCCUGGAGUCGCUCGCCAGCCUCCUCAAACGCGACGACCUCGCCAGCCUUGCACCUGCCACCCGCGCCAAGGUGGCCCACAUGGAGCUGGAGGCUGCACUGCGGGCCCUGUCGGUGUUUGAGAUCCUGGGCAACCUGCACUGCUACAACGAAGACACAUGCACCGCCGACAUGCGCGAGCUGUUCGCACGCAUGCUCUGUGCUGAGCUGCGCAGCUGCUCCCUGUCUGCAGCAGGCACAAGACCGGAGAGUGCGCGGGCAGCCAUGGAACUUUGCAUUACAAACCUGAAUCGACUUCACAUCUAUGCACUCGGAGUUGCUGAAGAUGCAGACAGCAGAGAGAUGGAUGUUGUGUCGGCUGACGAUAUUGAAUUGCUACAAAGUCUCAUUGAUGCCUUGGAAAACAUGAAGGAACCUGACACUUGAACUUGCAAUUGAACAUCUUCUGUGUGAUGCCAAACCCGCAGCAGAAGCUUGGGCGCACUGAAUUUGCUGAUGUCAACAUGAGGAAUUAUUUUACCAAUCUCAAAAUGUGGCUCACAGUCUUUGCUCUUCUGGACAUGUACACAUUUAAUACACUGAUGG